CGAGAAGAAGGUCACAUUCUGGGAUCCAUCGUUCAAGAUCACGGAGCCCCUGCCGCAGAGCGUACUCGAGAUUGACCGCAGGCAUCGUCCGCUUGCUCCCAAUCAUUACUGUAGCCCUGAGGUUGAGAGCAAUGAAACGCAUACUUCGGCAGACCUAACGCCUUAUACAGACGCGUCAGCGACUCUCAGUACAAGCUACAUGUGCCACGCGGCACAAGGUGCAGUUUUGGCGCUGAAGAGCGAAGCUCACAUCGAAACAAUAUUCGAAAGCACCUUUCUCAAGGAGUACAUCGUCCGACACUACGACGAAUGGUACGCGUAUGCCACAAGAGAAUUAGGCCUAAAAGUCGAGCGUAAGAACCUCGUCGUAGUUGGCGGUUGGGUCAAGACCGAGGCGGAUUGGGCGGUAGCCGCCUUCGGUAGCACAAGCACGGACUUCAAUAACCCAGUCAGUGACGCCGGAGGUAUCGGCGCGAGCCAGUCGCACACAAGCUCUGCAACAGGUUUAAGGAUGCAUCGGCAGGGUCGGAACUACUCGGCGAUCCCGUCCGGUCCCUCCUUGGCAAAGAUAAGGAGAGACCAGUGCGUCUUCCUGAAGCGCCACAAAUUGCGAGAGCGUUUAGCGACUCUGUCGCGGACAAUCGUCGCGAUGACGGAUGGCCACGGGAUUAUGGACGAGGAGCUCGACGUGAUUGCGGAUGGUCACAGUCUUUCAGGCGAGGGAGAAGGUCCAGAUGGUCCCGAUCCACUGGAUAUUCUUCUUGAGUAUAUGCUGGAGACCUCACACGCCGAAAUUGUCGUUGCCAGCGACGAUGAUGUCGAGAGCAUUGUGGGCGAUAACCGGGUGGUUGAUUUCGCAAGCUAUCUUUGUCAAGUACAACCACCAGUAGAAGUUAAUGGCAGAGUUGGAUGGCUGUGCACGGAAUAUGUGAUAUCCCAUGAGCGAGACCGCUCCUUUACGUGUCCCACCAUUACACGUCUCGACGUGGAGGAAUGGCCGAAUCUCACCCUCGCCCAUGCUGGUCGCUUGGAACACGGACACGUCUUUAUCAGCCCUCCGGAAGCGGAGGCUCGGCCUUUGAAAUCGCAGCAGCUCAUCCUCGCCGAUUCUCAAGACUUGCUCCGUAGCUUCGCUUGCUUUGCCUGGUCGUCCGAUAGCAAGCUGCUAGCGCUGUCGUUCUUUAGGAGCGAUGUACUGCUUUGGCGGCUAUCUGAUGGCCUACUGCUCCAGCGCCUACAUGAUGAUCAGGGCCACAAGAAUUGCGUUCGUUCCCUUGCAUUCUCCCCCAACCACGACACUCUCGCUUCUGGUUGCAUCAACGGGACGGUAGUCAUCUGGGAUAUAAGAAGCGGUCGUGCACUUCUACGUCUAAAAGCGCAUGAUUCGACGGUGAGAGCGAUUGCAUACGCUCCUCACGGCUCGCUCUUGGCCACUAGUUACAAGGACAACUCCGUGGGGGUAUGGGAUAUCUCGACCGGAGCACGCUUACAUACUCUCAGGCUGAACUCGUGCGCUCACGAGCUCGCCUUCUCCCCUGAUGACUCACGCCUCCACAUCGCAUCUGAACGCUCCUGUCUCAUCUACGAUGCUCGAACCUAUGCAAACAUCGCUACGUUGCAGCAUGAAGGCGCAGGGGACCUCGACUGGUCAUUUUCUCGGCAAGGAGACCGCAUAGCCACCAUCUCGCACGAGGGACAAAUGAAAGUUUGGUGCGCGGUAACUGGCGAAGAGCUUCUCGUUGUCAAUCACCCGAGAACGCUAUCAUGCCCUGUAGUGUUCUCUCCAGACGGCACCGAGGUGCUCGUGGCUUGUGUAGCCGACGAGAUGGCUAUCGUCUACGACUCCCGCACAGGCCGGCUACGUCGAAACUUCAAGUUAUCAUACACGGUGAAAUUUGCGGCCUACUCCCCAGGCGGAGAUUACGUUGUCUUCGGCGAUGAUAGCGGAUGUCCCAACGUCUAUGACGCGAAGUCUGGGUCAUUUCUUGCGAAAUUCGAGAGGUUCAGAGAUAACAUGGCAGAACUGCAGGCACGGUUUCUGCCUGACAAUCAAACUCUCCUUGUGAAUUUCUUUAACGGACCUCCUCAUCUGUGUAACAUUCAGGAUGUAAUGCGAAUGCGAUAGUGUACUACUUUC